AUGUCAUGUGUUCGAGAAGCUGAAGAAGCAGCAGAAGCAGAUGACUUUGCAGCUUCUUGUGUGAGACAAACUAGAGCUUUAUUUAGAAGAAGUGCACGGAGACCACCUUUAUCAGGGGAUACUACAACAAGAAAAAAAGGAAGAUCAAAAUGCGAUAUAUGGAAACUUAAUUUUUUCCUUCUCCAGAAACACAAUGAAGAGUAUGUUCCACCUCCCUCAGAACUUUCACGUCUUACAAGAAAUGGCUUAGGUCCUCCAAAACAUGAGCAGCCUGGGACUCAAGACAGAUAUGGAAGCAAAUCAUCCAUUAAUAGGAACUGGACAAUUCCCCAGUUAGAGAAGUUUAUUAUUGAAAGCUACCCAAAUGUUCCUUUACACUUAACAGGAUUUAGUUUUGCCAAAGCCGAGAAAGGGAGACGUUUGCAUAGCUUACAAACUGAAACUGCUGCUCAAUUACAGGAAAAAAUUGGGAAAGGCAAAAUAUUCAUAAUUCCUCACCGUGACAUACCACUACCGAUUCAGAUGGAGCAGAUACACACGGCACAAGAAGAAUCAGAAUUUAGACCAGAAAUUCCAGGUCAAGUGCAUGCAGAAACAAGUUAUCAGGGAGCGCAGGCAACAUUGUCACAGGAGCCACAUGUAGAUAGGCUGGAAAACACAAGAGAACCUCAACCAGAAGUAGAUAGCCAGAUUUUGAUUGGUGAUAUUGAGAACUUUCUUGGAAGUGCAGAAUAUGAAAAUAGCACAUCAGAGUUGCGAUUAUCCAGACUGCAUGAAGAGGCAAAUGUACCAAGUCCUCCAGAAUCUCCUUUUGCUUAUAUAAAUGCUGAUACUCCCACGGUUCAGAUUAAAGUAUCUCAACUGGAAGAAAAACGAUUCCAUCUUGACAGAAGUUUUUCGGAGCUUGAAGGAUUAAUAGAGGAAGAAAUCAUUAUCGAAAUAAACAGGGAAAUAAUAUUGAAUGACAUGCAGCGAAUUUAUGGAACAACAGAACUCCUCAACUAAAAGCUUCAAGUACGUUUUAUUGGAGAAGAAGGGCAUGAUUUUGGCGGAUUAACCAAAGAUCUUUUUUCUUGCUUUUGGAACUGUGCCUUCACUGAGUGGUUUAAAGGUGAGGAUGCUCUUGUACCUUGUAUACCUCUCUAUCAUUAUCAUAAAGCACAAGAAAUCUUUACAGUUGUGGGAAGAGUAUUGUCUCAUAUGUGUCAGCUGAACAGAUGUAUACCUCCAAGAUUCUGUAGGUCAACAUUGCUUUCUAUUGUAUUUAAUACCUCCACCAUUCACAAUAACAUUCUUAUAGAUGACUUUCUGCUUCAUGUAACUGCUUCAGAAAGGAUCCUCCUAAAAAAAGCAAUUAACCACUUUGAAACAUUAAGAGACUUUGAAAAACAAGAGCUCUUAACAUUUUUUUUCUGUAAAUGGUAUGCAUAGUAUCCCAACACCUAUAAAUCUUAAGGAUCAGAUCAUUCUUAUUGCACAGAAUGAACUAAUAAUUAAACCAGGGUUCCUCAAUAAUUGUAUAAGACAGUCAAUUCCAGAUUCCCAUUUCACAGUUUUUUGGUCACAGUUAGAUAUUGACUCAAUUUCCUACCUAUAUUGGCAAGAAAUGCCAACUACAGAACGUGUUUUGACAUGCUUUAAAACAGAAACAGAUCUCA